AUGUCAACAAAGAAGAACAAGUCAAGAAAUAAGGGCUCAGAGAAAAAAAGCUUAUUUAGAGAAAAUGUCGAGGACAGAGAACUACCCAGAAAGGGAAAAGAAAGAAACGGCAAGAAAAAGAAGUCUGCUCAAUUAAAACAAACCUCUUUGAAUUCCUUCACCAUUUUGAAGCAGGCGGGGGAAGCUCUGCAGGAUGAUAUUUCAGAAGAAUCUUUUAAUCCUCCAUUACAUAGCACUGCUGUGUAUACUGAAGAUGAAGAUCUACUGGAGAAGAGUAAGGUUUCUUCAGAAAAGUCAGCCAGCAGGGCAUCUUCGGGUCCAAAUGUCAGCCAAGACAAAAGUGGGAGAAAAAACAGUGCACAGAAGAAUAAAUCUGCUGCUUCAGAGCAUCAUUCAUUAACGCCAAAGAGUGUGCCAGGAAAAAAACAAAAGACUCUCCAAAAAACUGCAACAUCAGUAAGAGACUUGGAGGCUUCUGAAAAAGGUGGAUCUUCAGAGCCUGAAGUAGAAGAAAAAACAGGGUCAACCCAGCAGACCCCCCCUUCUGAACAGGCCACAAAUAAGACUUAUGAGAAGACAAGGCCUAAAGCUAAAAGAAAGAAAACGCCUAAGAAAAAGGAACCAAACAAAGCAAAGCAAAAAGAAAAUAUACAGCUGCGUCUCUGGAGCCCAGAAGAUGCACCUGGAACUGCCAAAGAUGUGAAUGAACUUGAUGUCAUACUAUUUGAGAGUGAGAGCUUGGUUAACCAUUAUAGGGAAUCCAUUGAUGGUGCAAGUGAAAAAGCAGUGGAUAUGUUUUUUCUCAGUUAUAAAGAUCAGCUAACUACAGCUAUAAAAAAUGUGCGAAUGCUUAAAGGUUUGAAAAGAAAAAAUGCAAAGAUGCGACUAGAAAUUAGAAGAAAACAAAAACGUUUAAUUGAAGUGAACGAUGAAAUUAUGAAGAAACAACCAAGACUUCACCAGCUACAGAGGGAUUGUUCAGAGCUAGAGGAAAGACAGGAAUCCAUCAAGAACUCUAGAACCUUCCUAGACAACCUUGGGCAGCUAAAGGAGGAUUACAGGACAUGCAAGGCUAAAAAACCCUGCACCAAGGAAACUUAUGGAUUAUCCAGUCUACCAGCUCUUAUACUACAAGCACAGAGCACUAUGAAAGCCAAGCAACAUUUCCAUAAUGUGAACACACAGCUGCUGAAUGCACAGACACAAGGAAAGUGA